UAUAAACUCAUUUUUGUUUGAACUCCCCCGAGUGGGCUCAACGUUGUCAUUAGCUAUAUUCUAGUUUAAUGGUUAUCAUCAGAAAAUCUGAAAUCAAAUUUUUGGAUUGUAAUCCAUGGCUGCUCUUGGUAAAGGACAUAAAACAGCUUUCAUCUCUUGAAUGGUAACAAACCCCACAAAGGAUUUCUUGCCUAAAGGGUCACUCUUACCCAUAAAAAGUUUUCACCUUUAAUUCUUGUCCUCCGCUUUUCCAUUUUACUCUUCUUGUAUGUUUCUGUCUUCUUACUCAACUUUUGCUUCAGGCUUCGUCUCUUUUGCAAUUUUUGAGUUAGCCAAGUGCUCAAGGGAGAUACAUAAUACCUGAAGAUGUCCAAGGCAAGUGAUGCCGUCAGAGAACCAUUGGUGGACAAGAAUAUGGCUGGAUCAAAACCAGACCAGCCGUGGAUGGUUUAUCUCAGCACAUUCGUUGCGGUCUGUGGUUCUUUUGCGUUCGGUUCUUGUGCGGGAUACUCUUCACCUGCUCAGGCUGCAAUUAGGAAUGACCUUUCAUUGACUAUAGCUGAGUUUUCACUCUUUGGUUCUUUACUAACUUUUGGCGCAAUGAUCGGUGCUAUAACAAGCGGGCCUAUAGCUGAUUUAGUUGGAAGAAAGGGGGCGAUGAGAGUUUCCUCUGCAUUUUGUGUAGUCGGGUGGCUAGCAAUCAUCUUUGCCAAGGGAGUAGUGGCUCUGGACCUUGGAAGACUGGCAACGGGAUAUGGAAUGGGAGCAUUUUCCUAUGUGGUGCCAAUCUUUAUAGCAGAAAUUGCACCUAAAACUUUCAGAGGGGCUCUAACCACACUGAACCAGAUUCUGAUCUGCACUGGAGUGUCGGUUUCCUUCAUCAUAGGCACACUAGUGACGUGGAGAGUCUUGGCAUUAAUAGGAAUCAUCCCAUGCGCUGCCUCCUUCCUUGGCCUCUUUUUUAUCCCUGAGUCUCCAAGAUGGCUGGCAAAAGUGGGGCGUGAUACGGAGUUUGAAGCUGCACUGAGGAAGCUCCGUGGGAAGAAGGCUGAUAUUUCGGAGGAGGCAGCAGAGAUCCAGGAUUAUAUCGAAACUCUGGAAAGGCUACCGAAAGCCAAGAUGCUGGAUUUGUUUCAGAGGAGAUACAUACGCUCUGUUCUUAUAGCUUUCGGGUUGAUGGUGUUUCAGCAGUUUGGAGGAAUCAACGGAAUAUGUUUCUACACAAGCUCGAUAUUUGAGCAAGCAGGUUUUCCCACAAGACUUGGGAUGAUAAUAUAUGCUGUUCUUCAGGUGGUAAUCACUGCGCUUAAUGCACCGAUAGUUGACAGAGCCGGAAGAAAACCAUUGCUACUGGUAAACAAAAUGAGCCUUGAAAAGAUUUUGACAGGGAACAAACUAACUCCAAGGAGUUGUGGCAGGUUUCUGCAACAGGGUUAGUGAUAGGCUGUUUGAUAGCAGCGGUUUCUUUCUAUCUCAAGGUUCACGACAUGGCGCACGAAGCAGUCCCAGUCCUGGCUGUUGUUGGUAUAAUGGUGUACAUAGGAUCGUUUUCAGCAGGAAUGGGAGCAAUGCCGUGGGUGGUCAUGUCUGAGAUAUUUCCCAUAAACAUAAAAGGAGUAGCAGGAGGCAUGGCGACGCUGGUGAACUGGUUUGGAGCGUGGGCUGUUUCUUACACUUUCAACUUCCUCAUGUCCUGGAGCUCUUACGGAACUUUCCUCAUUUACGCUGCCAUCAACGCGCUGGCCAUUGUCUUCGUCAUUGCCAUCGUGCCUGAGACAAAAGGGAAGACAUUGGAGCAGAUCCAAGCUAUAGUCAAUCCAUAGCUCAAACACUUCCUAGAUGUUCGUUUCUAUUAGCCAGCUGGGACAUAAAUUGCAAUCUUGGAUCUCUUUGCUUUUAUGAUUCUUUACUGAGUUCAAUUGUUAUCACUCUCUCUAUUUCUAAUCUCUUCUUAAUGAACUUUGGACUUCAAUUUGAUGUUUUUCCAUAGUUCAGCUAGCCUCUUUCCUCCUAUAUAUAUCCUCCUAUGUAACAAAAGAGAGAAAGCAGAUCACUCAUACAAACCAAAACAUUACCUCUACCUCUGAGAAAGAGCGCAGAUUCAUUCUUGCUUUAUUAUAUCAUAUUCAUUAGUAUAAUUUCAUCAUAUUCAUUUGUAUUUUGCCUCCGAAAAUAAAGACA